AUGGCAGAGACAUCUGUGAAGAAUACUUCGAGAUUGAAGUCCUAUGAGAAAACUUCUAUUCAAACACACAACACCUCACUACCACAAAUGAAUACAUACUUCAAUAAAACCUAGCUGCAGAGUACAAUAUCAAUGAUUUAAAAAGGAUAAACUCGCCGCAACAUUUAAGAGAAAAUAAAUAUCAGUGCUCGGACUAUUAUCGGUUAGUAACAAAAUGGACAGAAAGUCCUGAGACACUAAGGUGGUGGGGGAGGUGGAGAAAGAAUGCACUCUAAGGAUAUGAAUAACACUGUGACCUAUAACCUAGCCAAUAGCAUUAUGAAGAAAAGAAAUAAGAAUAAAGACAAAUAAAACAGAAAUAAUAAUACUCUCAAUGGCACCCAGAUUAUGAGGGAGGCUCACUUUUACUUUGAUAAAAACCCCUGCUACAUUAAAGAUAAAGAAUAACAUGAGAAUAGCAAUAUAAACCUUAAGAAGUGCUUGGAAACCAAUGGUCCUGGAAGAAUACCUAACUUCGGGUAUCCUCACAUUAACUUCGAGCAAGAAAGCACUUAAAACCUCUUAUAAAAUACAAGAAAAUCUAUUGUGAAUUAUUUGAUUGGCUAGCCUCGAAUAAGAUUCGAAUCUGUAGAUGACAAUUCAGACAAUUAACAAGAAAAGUAAACUACAGAUAGAGAUCUACCAUUCAAGAGUGCUUUGCAGUCUAAAAGACGAUAGGAUAGAAUAUAUGAACACAUAAUGAAGUGUUUUACCUUUGGUAAAAAAGUAAAAAGGCAAUCAGAAUAGGAACACUAGUAAGUAUCCAAAGUCGAGAUCCUCUAGAGAAGAUUCUAGAGACUCGGAUUAGUGAGAGAGUACUUCUCCCUCGAUAAGAAAAAGAUCAAUAGAAAGUUUAGAUUUCCAGUCAAUGAAGAAGGAGAACCUUUAAAGGGAAAGAUCUCAGAAAUAUACGAUGAACUGCAGUAUUGCUAGGAAUCUGAUGUUGAAGAUUUGAAAAAGCCAAUGAAGAAAGAAAAGCGUGAUAAAAUGGAAGCAAAACUCAUUAGGAAAAUGCUCAAGGAAAGGCACUCCAGUCUAGAGAUCAAAGCUGAGAAGAGGAAUUAUGAGAUGAAAUCUAGACUUGACCUAUAGAUUAUCAAGGGCUUAUAAAUGUCCUCAGAGGGAGAGGAAUUUUCAGAUACUGACACAUUUAAAGACUUAGAAGGCUAGUCGGUAAAUAGUGUAUAUUCCAGUCCUAGACAAAGAAUGGACAACGAAUUUCUAGCAUAUGACCGUGUUAUGCCUUUCGAUUUUUUAACUCACAGGAAAGCUAAGUCAUUCUUCUGUGACGAAAUUCUUGAUAUUGAUUUGAUCCUUUAGGACAAAAAAAUAUUUUAGGAAAAUUAAAAGAAAUUUUCUAAGCACGAAGAUGAAGUAGAGCAGCUGAGAGAAAUACCAGAGAUGAAUGAAAGACUGAAAGCAAUGCUAAAGGUACAUCCCCGAAAAACUAAGAAGAAAGAGAAGAAAAAUGUAAUUAAAGGAGAGAUGAGUUCGUCAAGUGAUGAAGAAAAGUUUGAUAGGUAUAACUAUGCUUAGAGAGUUCAAAAUACUUAAAUGAGGGAUAAUCAUAAUGAAUUGAUUGGAAUGUUCUUUUAAAGGUCACAAGCCAGAAAUCCUAGAUAUAAGAUAGAUGUUAAGUCGCUUCAUUCUCAAAAGCUAGCUUAGGUCAACCGUAAGAGGUUGUCAACUUAGAUUUAAACUUCAGAGCAAAGCAUUGAUUUGAACGCCACUAUUGAUACUAAGAAACAAGAAUAGCAAGAGUAAUAGGAAAGGCAGAUGUUUUAAAUUUAGCAAGCUAAGAGAUAUAUUAUGAGAGAAAAGCUAGGCUUUAGUAGCUAAAAUUACUAUAACAAUAUAGAAAUUUCAAAAGCCCAGCCUAUCAAUGAAGAUAGGCAAAGAAAUAGAUCUUAAAUAUCUACAAAUAAAGAUUCUAGAAUUAAUCUUCUUAAGAGUGAUGUCAGUACUGACAAUAUAGAGUAGACUUCAGCUAAUUCUCCUUAUAAGUAAGUUACUUAGCUGCCACAGAUAGCAGACAUUAAAAGAAAUGUCUCUCCAGAAACGUGUAGAAUUGAUGAUACGACUCAGAGGACUUAUGAUCAGAAUUCAGUCAUAAGUUAGAACCCUUAGUAAAGACCACAUAAUAUAUCAGCAAUGAAUUCAACCAUAUCAUCUUAUACAAACUUUGGAAUCUCGAUGCACUUUAACAAUAAAAACUCAUAAUUGCCACUGAAUAUUAAUGCUUAUAGCACUUAAAUGGUUCCUACUGAAGCAUCAAAUCAAAGAGCAGGAAAUAAGUCCUUACACAUACCAAGACACAAAUCAAACAUAUCAACUAUGGAUGAUGGGAUAAGUAGCAUGAAUGAUAGCAUUAACAAAUCUACUCAGAAAACAUAUUCUCAAGGGUUUACAAUGUUCUCUGCAAAAAUGGCUUUGAGAGAGUCUCCUUACACUCAGAUUGAGUAAAACAUGACUGAUAGUAAAUUGGCGCAGUAUAAUAAAUAUCAGGAUCUAAAGCAAAAGCUCUUGAAGGGGAAAGAUAAUCAUAAAUUCAAAGGAUAUCUUGCUGAGAAGCUCAGACGAAAGUCGAUUCUAAAUUGUGACUUAUUCAGAAUAACUGAUGUUGACUAUAAGAAGAGAGUCAAUAUGAUGCUUGAACGGAUCGAUUCAACCACAGGAACACAGUAUAAAAUAUCCAGGUAACAAUAAAUUGAUUGA